CGCGACGGUUGGACCAGUCGUCGGCAGGUUGACAAAUUCCAAGCCACCAUGUCGAUGGCCGUGGCGAUCAAGGACGUCGAGCAGUGGACGCAUGUGAAGGAAACGAACCCGGACAAAUUGCUAGUGAUCGAUGUGUACCAAGACUGGUGUGGCCCGUGCCGCGUGUUGGAACCGACAUAUAAACGAAUCUUUACCGACAUCCCUGGCGCCGACUCGAGGUUGCUGUUUGCAUCGGUAUCUGCUACGUUAACGGUGGAAAACAUUGCCGACAACAAGUGCUGUAAACCGCGCUUUGUGUUGUAUCGGGACAAGAAGAUUGUUGCGGACAUUAUCGGUGUCAACGUGCCAACGCUGGAAGCCGCCGUCAAGCAAAAUCUACCCGCGCGAAAGGCAGAUGACGACGGUGAUCCGUAGAAGUUUAUGGGGCAAACAUCGAGCUCACGACGUGGAGUAUGACGAGAGUACGCUCGACGGAUGUAAAGAGAUCAAACAUGCAGCUAUGUAUGUUAACAGGUACAAAGAUCAAUCGAAGGUCCUUUCCACGACGGACGCGUCGUCCAGCUCAAACGACGGCUCGGACUCGGUUGACGUGCAGCUACAUUCGUCGAACG